AUGGAGGCGGAGACGGAGAAGGAGAGGAGUCUCCAGAAGAAGAUCAAGUCGGGGCUGUGCAGCUGCACCCGUCCGGGAGAGACGGCGGAGGCGGACGCGCUGUUCACUGAUGACCUCAUCCUGGAGAUCCUCAUCCGCCUCCCCGCCAGAUCCCUACAUCGCUUCAAGUGCGUCUCCGUGGCGUGGCGCGACCUCAUCGCCGACCCCGCCAACCGCAACAAGCUGCCCCAGGCCCUCGCUGGCUUCCUCUACAUGUCCUUCCGCAGCGUGCACCACCACCACCACUUCGCCAGUGUCUCGGGCGGCGCAGCCCCGUUCGACCCUUCCCUCCCUUACCUGCAGCCAAACAAGUACAGGGAUAUGGAGCAAGUAGACGCCUGCAAUGGCCUCCUUCUCUAUCGCGCCUGCACCAAGAAUUUGGCCCCUUGGGAUUGGAGUUGGACAGAGGAUGAUUGCCGUUUUGUCGUGUGCAAUCCUGCCACUGGGAGUUGGGUGGAGCUGCCCCCUCAACCUCAACCGCAAGAGCCGAAAGGGCGUAACCGUAUCGCAGGUCUGGCUUUUGAUCCGGCAGUCUCAUCACAUUUUCAUGUUCUUCGUUUCGAGGAGGCCUGCUCAUCGAGCGUGACAGGAGUGAGCAUCUACUCGUCACGGACAGGAGCCUGGAGUCAUAGGGACUGUGUGAUGGCUGAGGAAGUUACACUGUUCUCCAGGACUAGAUGUGUCUUUGUUGACGGCGUGCUCUACCUGAUGGGCUUCCUUCCGAGAACCAACAACGACCAUGUGCUGCUGGCAGUGGACAUGGCUGGGAAAGUGUGGAAGACCAUCAGUGUGCCGUAUGCCCGAGGAUUUGCUAUGAUUGGAUCGUCCCAGGGGUGUUUACAUUAUGCUAUAGCUUCCUUCGAUGAUAACAACGACAUCCUAGUUUCUGGGAUAGAACUCUGGUGCCUCAAGGAUUGUGAUAGUAAGGAAUUGGUCCUGAAACGUACUGCCAGCAUCGAUAAGUUUACGGGCAUGACUACGAAGAAUUACAGGGUGAUUGGGAUCCAUCCAGACUGCGACACCAUUUUCUUGGUUCCAUGUGGAGGUCAUACGUUAGUAGUGCAUGAUAUGCAACAUCAGAAAGUUGGAUGCAUCCUUGAUCUUGAGAAAAAUAGUAGUACACAACGAUUUCUACCCUAUGUUCCUCUGUUCUCAGAGUCAUUAGCAGAUGCAAAUGGGCGGUAG